GCAAAUUACAUCUCCACAACAGAGCGCAGAGGCAGUCCGGGCUCUAGGAUACGGAGGAAAGCGUCCUAUUUUGAACUUUGGUUUUGGAGAUGCUGCCAGUCGAGCAUCUUCACCUCAAGCAUGUCCUGCAGACAGUAUCUGCUCUGGAGUCAGUUGUCCUGCGCAGCUUUGGUCCUGAAGGGGGACAGGUACUGUUUACCCGGGAUACAGGUCAGGCCAUGCUGACCCGCAGCGGGACACGCAUCCUCACUGCACUGCGACUUGAGCAUCCAGUGGCUAGGAUGGUAGUUGACUGCGUGAGGAAGCACAGCAAAGCAACAGGAGAUGGAUCCAAGACGUUUCUUCUACUGUUGGCUUCAUUGCUGCGGAUGAUUCAUGCAGCAGCUUGGAAGGAGCCUGCUGUGUCUCGCACUUACAGCUCAAGGGAAGCAGCAGAGGCUGCCACUGCCAGGCGACUGGCUGACGAACUACUGGCGUUUGCAUUGGAGGAACUGGAAGACGUCAUCUCCGUAGGAGUCCUCCCUUAUGGAUUAUGGGUUUCAUGGGAAGCCUUGACUGCAAAAAACAACUCCACCUGUGUUCAAAAGCUGCUAGUUUCCUUCUUUCAUACUCGUCUUGGUCAAACUCACAGUGACUUUAUCAGCGACCUCACCUGUGAACUGCUCAGGAACUGCAGGCUAAAACGUGACCUCCUUCCCUCAGCACUCCAGUUUGUGAAUGACAACUUCCCUGCUCUGCACACACCUGUAUCAGGCUUCCCUAUCAGCUGUUCACGUUUGAUUGAGGGGCAGGUCAUUCAUCGGGACUUUGCUGUGUCCUUCGCUCACACUGACCACCAGCCGGUCAAAGCUGUAGUUUUCACUCAGCACCUGCAGCUGAAAUUGCACGAUGAAGGAGUCGUGCUUAAAGUGGGAAGUGGAGGCAAAAUGACGGAGAACAAAAGUAUUGUAGAGUUCAGUGCCUGGUCAGAGAAGUCACUGGAGUGUGUCUUUGCAAAGCUGCAGUGCCUGGGUGUCUCUGUGCUUCUGUCUGCAGUGAAACAGUCGGCUGCUGUCCUGGCUCUGGCUGCACAGGCACACAUGUGUGUUGUGGAGUGUAUCAGUGAAGAUGAGCUGUCUCUCUUUGCCCAGCUGAGUGGCACCACACCUGUCUCACACUGCUGGAGGAUUGAACCGGUCAAUGUUGCUUCCCUGACCUUUUGCCGGCCGAUACUACUGGGAGUCCACAGAUAUGUUCAUGUGGCCUUCCAUGAUUUAGAGGAAAGAACCAUGGUCAAACCCUGCAGUGUGGUGGUCUGUGGUCCAGGAGAAGGACAAACGGACCAAUAUGCAUGUGCAUUUCAAGACGCCAUCCGCAUGCUACUUACAACCUGCAAACCCACAGAUGUGACUGUUACUACAGUGCUGUCAGACCAAAGAACACGUUUACAUACAGAUGAUCACUCUGAUCGAACCAUGCCCACAUCCUUCCAGCAGUGUGUGUUGGAGACAGGGUGUGUUCUACCUGCUGGUGGGACUUUUGAGUGUCUUUUAAGUCACGCCCUCCUCCAACAUGGCCGCAGAUGCUCAGUUUCCCAGCUUUUGGCAAAUGCCCUUCUUAAUGUGCCGCGAUUGAUUUAUUCCCAAAGUCCCCGUCAUUUCUUGCACAUUCAAAACAGGAUCCUGUCUUUUAUUUUAAAUCAGUCCCACACAUUCAGUCCCCUCUGUAAACAAGGAUCUGCCACAGGCCUCGGGCACGGUGCUGGUGCUGCUGAUUUUCCUCCUGUGGAUAGUAAACUAAGCUUGAAUUGUUGUAGAGAGACUGGCGUUUCUUUAAAUGCUGUCAUGUUGAACUCGGGCCUUGAUUCUCUCGGCUGUAAAUACCGGCUGCUUCUGGCUGUCCUGCAGUGUGUCUCCAGUCUCCUCCGGGUGGACACAAUGCUUUACACACAUGCCGCCUUAAACACACAGUCAUGCAGCCGUGCAAGUGUUUCCUGGGAGGGCUCAGAGGACGAGGCUGAACACUGAGAUUGUAAUGUAUCCAAACAAUGAAAAGAAACCUCAAAGGCAUAGUUCAGGUUUUCUUGUGUAAGGUAUGGACACUUUAGCAACGCUGCCGGUUGUGUGGGGAGCUAAGACUCUUAUGCCACGUUCCAUUUACGUCGAGACUCAGAGCUGGAAGUGGUGUCACCUCUGAGUUCACAGCUACCUUUUAAAAUGGUUUGUGAUGCAGUGAGAGGAACAUAUCGACUAAUGCAGCUGGGGAUCAAACUCUGAUCGUUAAAUAGCUCAGAUCUAUUGUUCCUUCUGUUGCAGCCAGCAGCCAAAUGAUCCGUUAGUUAGAGUCCAGUUCUCAGGCUGUUGCACAGGAAGCUCCUGUUGAUUAUAUGUCAAUACAACAAGCAACCACAAUUCUUAAAUCCCAAAAACUAUCCUUUAACAUAAGUAUGUGGCUUAUUAAUUGAACUUUUUUGAUCAUCGGUUUGAGGGCUUUUUUUUUUUAGUCUGUUCGUUAUUUUCUUUUUGGCUCUGAUGUAAAUAUGUUCAAUCAUUUUGGUUUUUGGACAAAACAAGACGUUUAAAAACAUCAUCACCUUGAAGUUAGGGACGCGCCGAUGACAGUUCAUGGACAGAUCAACUCAUUGAUUAUGAAAAUAACUGCAUUAUUUUCUGUUGUUCCUCAGGUAUGAUUCAGGGAGAGUUGAACCUGCUGCUACUGCAACGUUUGGAAGCACAAACCUCUUGUUGUCAAUCACUGUUAUGUUAGAGCUGCAUUGCACUACAGGCCAAAUAAAACAUUCAAGGCAGUUCUGUUCCCUUCUGUCUUGAAACAAGUCCAGAUUUGGCAACAACAUUUAAAAGAAAGUGACUUUUCUGUCAAGUUGUGCAAAUGUUAAUGGCCCUUUCCCUGUUAUUUUGUUCCUAUUAUCAUCCGUAUAUCAGUUCCCCUGCCCUCUUCCUGUGGCCUGUAAACAUUCUGUUACAUAAAGGACACACACGGCCUACUCACACCCCCGUUUAUAAUCAGUGUUAUCUCAAUAUUCAGGGUGUGGCGGCUCAGCAGCAACACAAGGCUGUCAACAACUGAAUCAGAGAGCACUUCCCAGCACUGCAAUCAAAAGGCCGUUCACAUCCACUCUCACCAGAAUCACAAACCCACAUUAAAGUGUACCCUUUACUGCAA